CUCUCUCUCUGCGGGGGAGUUAUUCCUUGGAUGCUGGAGAAGGCAUCGUCGCCCAAAAACCAGAGCAAGCAGCAGCACACCAAACGCUGUUCUUCCCCCCAUCUCUGAAUAUAUUCUCCUCCUCCUCCUCCCCCUGCCUUCCCCUGCCUCUCCCCCCCCACCUCUUCUCUUCUGUUCACUCCAUCCUCCACUCGCUUCGCUCUCGGCCCCCCCGAGCAGAGCAGAGGAGGCCCCGCCGUGCUCCCGGAGAUGGACGAUGAGUACGCUAAGCUCAUCAGGAGAAUGAACCCCCCCAGAGUGGUUAUCGACAACAAGUCUUGCGAGGAUGCCACAGUGAUACAGGUUGACAGUAUCAACAAACAUGGCAUUCUCCUAGAAGUAGUCCAAGUGCUCAUAGAUAUGAAUCUCACAAUUACUAAAGCUUAUAUAUCAUCUGAUGGAGGAUGGUUCAUGGAUGUUUUUAAUGUGAUUGAUUGUGACGGGAAGAAAAUCAAGGAGAAAGAAGUCAUCGAAUAUAUUAAGAGGAGACUUGAAAGCAAUGCAAGCAUUUCCCCCUCGUUCAGAGAGUCUGUAGGCUUUAUGCCCUCUAAUGAGCACACCUCAAUCGAACUCUCUGGUACGGACCGGCCUGGUCUGUUGUCAGAAGUAUGUGCUGUUCUUACGGACCUUCACUGCAAUGUAGUAAACGCUGAAAUAUGGACACACAAUGCUAGGGCCGCAGCUGUUGUUCAUGUCACUGAUGAUACAACAGGGCAUGCUAUCAAAGAUCCGAAACGUCUUGCUACAAUAAGGGACCUUCUUUGUAAUGUUCUUAAAGCAGAUGGUGAUGUUAACACGGCCAAGAUGACACUUUCAUCGCCCGGGGUGACUAACAGGGGGAGGAGGCUACAUCAGAUUAUGUUUGCAGACAGAGACUAUGAAAGGGUUGAUAAAGAAGAGAUUAGGAGGAUGCAUGAUAACAGCACGAGACCCUUUGUAACAGUGAUGGAUUGUUAUGAGAAAGAUUAUACCAUUGUGACCAUGAGGUCUAAAGAUCGACCAAAACUACUGUUUGAUAUCAUUUGCACAUUGACAGACAUGCAGUAUGUAGUCUUUCAUGGAAUGGUCAACACUGGGAGGAAAGAAGCUUAUCAGGAAUUCUACAUCCGACAUGUUGAUGGACUCCCUAUAGGUUCAGAAGCUGAACGAGAAAGGAUCACACAAUGUCUUGAAGCAGCUAUUGAAAGGCGGGCAUCUGAGGGUUUGGAACUGGAAUUGUGUGCCGAAGACCGGGUUGGACUCCUCGCAGACGUCACUAGGUUAUUCCGAGAGAAUGGUUUGUGCGUAAAAAGAGCUGAGAUUUCAACUAAAGAUGGGAAAGCCAAAGACACAUUCUACGUAUCUGAUGUCACCGGUAGCCCUGUGGACCUCAAGAUCAUCGAUUCAAUCCGUCAUCAAAUUGUACCGUCCGUGUUGCAGGUGAAACACAAUUCACUUCUGCUGCCUAAAAAACCUCAAGAAACUACAGGCGGUUUCCUCUUUGGCAACUUCUUCAGAACAAGGAACUUCCAGAACUUCAAGUUAGUCAGAUUGGCCUCGUGAACGGCUCACCACGGGAUCCUGUAAGUAGACACACUGUACAGAAGAUACAAGCAUUUCAACCCCUCAAACAUACACGGAAAUCACGUCUGCUAUAGUACACCUAGGGCCAAGUGAUGAUGGGGGUAUAUGGCUCUCUGCUAUCAGACUGUAGAUAGAAGAUUCUCAAGACCACCAUCUGUUACUUUAAUGAUGGUUUCUUUUGUAAAUCUUUACUUCCUGUAAGUAGAUAGUGUACAGGGUGAUGUUACUCUACUGUGUACAGAACUAUUAAAAGCAUCGUUAGAUCAAUGAGAUAGACUGUGAAUAUUAUGUAUGA